CAUUCUUGAAGGCCUUCUAGAUUUCAUCCAGCAGAUCAACUCCACAGCAACGCCAUCCCAUCCUAACCAGGAAGGGACCAGUUCCAGCAGCGUGCUUCUCGCUGCUGAGCCAUCGCAUCGCUAACGUCUCUUGGCAGAGUUCUUGAUACUCGCUCUUUCAAGGGAGCUGCUGCUGUGUCCGCCGCUCGCUUUUGUUAAAACAAGAUUUAAACGAGCCAACAUGGCAGCAGCAGCCGCGAAAGCGUUCUGGAACAGCCCAGUGGGUCCCAAGACGUCGCAUUUCUGGGGUCCCUUGGCCAACUGGGGAUUCGUCAUUGCGGGACUAGUGGACAUGCAAAAGCCAGUCGACAUGAUCUCGCCGAAGAUGACGUCAGUGAUGUGCGUGUACUCCGCGCUGUUCAUGCGAUUCGCGUGGCGCGUGCAGCCGCGCAACUAUCUCCUCUUCUCCUGCCACUCCGCCAACGAGACCGUCCAACUCGUGCAGCUCUCGCGAUGGGCCCUCUCAGAGCCGGUGGAAGUAAAGCCAGCAGAGAUUGCUGCCGCCCCUGCUGCUGUGGAGAAGGCAACAGAGUGACAUUCAACCUCAACAACCAUCUCCCCACUGUGCUAUAGUGUCCAGAAUGUAGCAUUUUAUUUGUUCUCCAUGGUGCCGUGGCAAUAGUUCUGAGAAUGGAGAAUUGUUUGUCCAUUUCCGCCAUUAUACAUGUAAACACCCCUGGAUCCCAACAAGAAGACAAUACAGUCCUUGUUCGUCUGUCAAACCAUUGUGGUGUUUCAGAUAGAAAUAUGUUCCA